AGGUGUCCUCAAAGCGACGUCCCCUUCUCCAGCAUCGAUUCGAUCUCUCUCGCGAGCUUCAAACAUCCUGCGGCCUUUGUGGCUCGCGGGAACACGACACUCAAGCCGAUCUCUCUUGAUGCGGCGAUGACACCAAGCCUCUUCAUCGCCGUGUCUCUCAAGCCUCUUCAUCGCAACGAUGGCAUCGUCGAGCUCUUCGGGGCAAAUGACUCAUCCACAGGUGAGAGCAGAACAGCACACGACCACACAGCACAGACGCGCACGGCUGAUCUGUCCCGCAGGCGGCUGUCGGUGCAUCGCCGUGUCGGUAUCUCGCGAGAGAGAUCAGCACUCUUCAUCGCCGUGUCGGUGCUUCAAGCCUUCUCUCUUGCGAUAGGACGAGAUCUGCACUCACUGGAACACGACAGUUUCCGCCAACCGGAGGUCUGUCCUCUCACACAAACGGCACGCCAGCGGCUGCGCUCAAAAGCGAAGCCGUCGACUUCUCCUCUGGAAGGGGGUCGAUCACGCGAGCUCAAAGAGGGGAGGCGCAUUCUGCGGCUUUUGGCGUCAGGCAGACGAGGCCAUCGCUCAGAGGACUCCCUCUCUGUCCCGCACGACAGAAAUCUCAUCGCACCUCUGCCGUGUUCGUCGUGAGCCCUCCCGUUGGCGGAGUGCUGCGCGGCGUUGUGACUGAUUGGCUCAUUGACUCAUCGGCUGACUGAUUUGCUUGUCGGACGUUCGCUGCCCUCUCACCGGUAAGCACAGCACGACAGAUGACAGACAGACAGACAGACAGACAGACGUGUGAACGGCACACUCACUGCGCCACUGUGUGUGUGGUGGUCUUCAGGCGUCGUGUGGGCUGCCGUGAGCACAGCGGGCGGCGGUAUGUCCAGCACAUCGGCAUCAGCUGCUGCCGCAGGUGGGCUGACUCACUGAGUGGGAGAGGGAGGGGAGGGCUAACCUGUGUGUGGUGUGGUGUGUGUUGGCCAGGUGGUGGUGGAGGUACCGGUGUGUUUGGAGUCAAUGACGUCAAUCACAGCGCCACACACGACGAUGAGCAGUCGGUGAGCCAUGGUGCCGCCGCACAAGCAAAGAUCGUCAUGGACUCGUCUGUCUGGUUCUCGUGAGUGAUGAUGUUGUGUGCCGUGUGUACCUGCCGGCAUCGCCUCCUUUUGCAGAAGUCGUCUGAUCUGUUGGCGUGCAUGGUGAAGUUGCACCAUCAAGUAGGUGGCUUGGCUGCAGGCUCAGACGAGAGGACAUGUGGGCAGACAGUGGCGGGUGUGACGUGUCAUGUGUGUCGUGCGUGCGGUGUGUGCAGAUGGGCGACUCGAUCAGAUAUCUCGCUGCCAAGGUGUGUCAGUGGGUCGACAAAUGGCUGACUGAGCACACAUCACAUGGUGUGUCAUUGCUCACUCCCUCCUUCUUUUGUAUGUGUGUGGUUUGUGGCUGUAUGUGCAGGGGUCUGUCGUUGAGAGUCACCUGUCGAUGCUGGAGAGAGCCAUCGCAGACACCUCGAGUGCACUCGGCCGACUCAAUGGACUGGCACUGGUACGCACACACGCAUGCAUCACUCAUCCGCCCUCCGGCUUUUCCUUUUUAUGCUCUGGUGUGUGUGUGGCUCAGUUGGAGGGCCACUUCAAGAACUUCGCAUUUGUCCCUCCAGACGAUGAGGUCGAGGAGGGGUGGAGAAGGAUCGAACCCCUCUUCGCAGAGGUACGUGCAUCGGACCCACCGAUGCGAUGGACGCACACCGACAUUGUGGCCACUGACCUGCCUCAUCUGAUCUGAUCUGCAGGAGUCGUCCAGCAAUGGGGAUCUCUCUGACCACUCAUCCGACGCAGUCGACUCGCAGACAGAGACGGUGGCACAGGUAGGUACGAAGCCACGUAUUCCGUAUGUGUGUGUGUAUCUUCUUUCUUAUUGCAUCGCGUCGCUUCUUUUGCUUCAGGGCCGUAGCAGCCGAUUUGCCGACAAGGCCGUCACUGAUGAGACCACUAAGGCUACAAAGACACAGAAGAAGGUACGACAGCUGAGCUGCUACACCGUGCUGCCGACAUCAUGACGGCCGACGUAUGCUGCGCUGCGCGUGCCAUUCGUUGUCUGUCAGGCUCAUUUGGUUGGGUUUGAGUUCGUGCGGCAGCUAUACACCCUGCCCGAGGCCCUCAUGCACGACACACUCCUCCCCCUCAUCCACCAGCACCCCCACACCGCACUCGCCAAGGUCAGCAGUGCCCUCUGCUGCACCUCACCGGCAGUCGGCAGCGCCGUCGCGGCCGCCCUCAUCCCACAAAUCGACAGCAUCAUCCAGCGCGACGGCCUCAGCGGCGUCACCAGCUACACCCAGAUCCGUCGGCACCUGCAGCGGCAGCGGGUCGGGCGAUGGAUGUGUGUCGGCCAUUCCGAUUGAUCCGCUUGCACUACCUGAUGCUGACGGGGGGCGACUGGCGGGGCAACGUGCCGCUGCUGCGGCUGGCCAAGAGCUGUGGACGACUGCAGCAGCUGCCCAUCAAGCUGACGGGCGACGAUCUGCAGCACGUGGGCAGCAAGGCCGUCGUCGACAGCCGGCCGCCCAGCAUGAGGCAAUACGCCCUCUUCAGCCACCGACUGAGCGAGGGGAUGCAGCUGACGCGGGAUGCCAACGGGGAGGACGAGCUGGGCGUGCGUGAGGUGACGGUGCACAGCGAUGCGGCCGAUCCCCCGUGCCGACGUGAGAGAUGGGAGGGCAAACCACCACAGGAGAGCCAACUUGACAUGGAUGGUGUCUGCCGCUGUGGGUGUGGGUGUGUCUGCAGACGAUGCUCUCGAGUAUGGCAGCUGCAGAGGACUGAUCAUCAAGGAGUAUGCAGCGACUGAAAUGAGAGAAGACGACACAGCAAUGUGUCGAGUUGUGUCUGCCUUUUCCCUCGUUGCUCUUUCAGGUUGGCAUGGCUGUCGUCGUGUCGGGUGUCGUAUCACUGGUGGGAUCCGCCCUCUCCUGAGAUUGAUCACAUCGCUGGCCUGACCAGCCGCCGCCCAUUGGGGCUGCCGCACCAUCGGCUACCACGACGGCACCAUUUCAUACCGGCUCGUCAUACUGUGUGGCGACCAGGAGGGUGACGACUUUGCGGCAUACAUCAUCAUGACCAGGUGGCCUGAUAGGUCGGCAUCCAUCUCCCUCCGCACCAGCGAGGCGCCCCAGCAGGGCGUCAGUGGCCCUGCUGCCUUCCAGCGGGCAGUCGACAUCGCCCACAAGAAGAUGGGCGACGCCAUCACAGUACUCCCAAAGGUCAACGAGGCCAUCAACACAGGUACACACGCACGAGAACACCACGUGAGCCCAACACAAGAGUGAGACUGUCUCUUGUUUCAUGACUGCAGCUGGCGGGAUGGCGUCGACGUGACUGACAUGGACUUGGGCGGCGGCACACACGAAGACAUCGGAAGUAGCUGACGUGCAAUGGGGCGGCAGAGGGGAGGCCGCGAGAUGGACCGACCGACUGGACUGCCUUCAUCCGGUGUCUGUGGUGUGUUGGAAUCCCUGUCUUUUUUACUUCCUCGUGUGUCGAUGCGGUGCGUCUGCUUAUCUGUCUGUCUGUUUGGGUGGACAUACACCGCAUGAACCGACUGGGUGAGUGGCCGG